UAAAUUCAACUGAGAGAUUCGCAAGUAAGCUUGCCGUUUUUGAGUUUAUUACAUUUAAAGAAUGUUUUAUGCAUGAAAAUCGUAAGAUGAUCGAGUGUUGUGUUGUGAAUUGUUAUGUGAGCAAAAUUUAGUGGCCAGCUAUUCAUUUCUUUGCGAUGCCGCAGGAACCGGAACAGAGAAAAAUUUGGCUGCGGAGAGCAGGACUAUACGCGGAAAAUCCAAUGCCUGAAAAUCUGGCCAAACAACGCCUUCAUGUGUGCCAAAACCAUUUCGAUUUAAUCGACUUCAAAAUAGUAACCGUGAAGGCCGGCAAUUAUUCACAACGAUACAUUUUAGGUAAAGAUAUUUUGCCACAUAAGCAUUUGCCGUAUUACUCAGGUUGUGAAAAUUAUUUUUUUAAUACCGGUGGCGAGGAAAAAUCUACAGAAGGAGAAGUGAAAAUAACUCAGGAUAUUCCUGAUGAGGAUAUUCCUAUUGAGGAUAUUCUAGCCGUAAACUAUGAUGUGGGUGUUACAGAAAACGGUAAUCUGAGAGACAAGGCAACAUUGACCGACAUCGUUGGUACAGUUCCCGUGGCCGUACAGUGUAGAGCUAUUAUGGUCAGCAAAGAGGUACAAACAAGCAGAGCCCUUAACUUUCAUCAGAAACUUAUGACGUCUCCUAGACAAACGUCUGUAAGUCCAAGAAAGAGUUAUUUCAUUAGUUCUGGAUAGAAGUUAUUGUUAUUGAUGCAAUGCAAGUAAUGUAACAAACAACCUUAUAUGGUUCUAUGUCAAACUUGCGGUCGUGGAUUUGUGAACCACCUUUCUAUCUUUUAUUGAAGACCUCGAGUAAAUCAUAGAAAACACAGAGUAAAACACAGUCUAGGUGCUUUUCUAGGUAGACCAUCUCACCGAGUCUCUUUAACCUCGCUUUUCUGACAGUUAGUGGUAACCUUGUUUACGUUUUGAACUUUUUGUUUUGUUUUCUGGUGGAGCAAUCGUGUGCGUAGUGGAAAUGUUUCCCAAUUAAUAAUUGUUCUUAGUGUACUAGCACCUCUUGCUUAACAUGUAAAGGGCACUGUGAUCAGUUCAGAAUUGGUUUGUUAUAAUUGAGAACAAAACUGCAUCGACUGAAGGUAAACAAAGUUACCAGUAGCUGUCAAACUCAGAUGCGUGACGUCACCGUGCGAUGGUCUUUAUGUAAAAAAUAGCGAACUUUUGAUGUUCAAUUUCGUUUUGACAGAAGCAAAAAAAUACUGACAGUGUGGUAAAAAUCAACAGAAGUUCAGUAAAACAAUUAUAGGGUUUUCCGCAACAUCCAGGUAAAUGCUGAUAGACCAUCAGAUAUUCAAUGAAUUAUACAAAAAAAAAACAGUUUCUAUUUUAGUUUACAGAAGAGCUCAGUAAUGUAACUUUUCUAUAACAGCAAAUUUCGAGGAAAUUACAGAAUAAUCAGCUGGAUGAUUGAAUUUAUUUAAUAUGGCCGUAAAAAAAUUACCGAACAAUUAAGACGCUUUUAAUUGGUUUCGCAAUAGUCUUUGGUAACUCUGGUCGCAUUCCGUUUAAUCAUUUAACAUUCUAAUUAGGAUCUAGAUGACAAGUGAAUUACAAUAAUGUACAGGUCUGCGGUGCAGGUUUCAGUUAUUCUUCCGUAUUAAUUUUAUUACCGUCGUACCUCAGAGGCCUGGUUUUUUGUUACGUUCUUUAAUUUAGAUUGCUUUGUAAAAAAGCUAAAAAAGUUUCCUAAAUCAGAUAAAAUCAAUCGGCUAUGUUCAACAUGGAAGCUUCAGUGGAAAGACGCAAAAAACGGCUUUUUGAAUUGUGAAUCUAAUGCAAAAUACAAAAAAAGGGUUUUGAA